AAGGCGUGAGAGACCAACUUUUCCCCCACGAACGCUGACCCCGUCCGUUUUGAUUGGGAAAACCUGAGUUCACAACAAUAUGCCGUUCGACGUUGUGAUCAGGCCAAACAUGCUGGUCCUUGCAGGGCUAUGCCUGCUGAUUUGCGUUGCGGAUGUCCAUCUCCUUUGCUAUCGAAAGCAGCCAGCCGGUCUGGCGUUAAAUCUCCAACAUGUGCUACUGGGGUUGCUGAACCUGUUGUGCUCGCUUGUUUGCGCAUUCGGUACCCUGCUUUCUGGAUGGAAAGACCCCCGAAAUUGUUGGCCAUCAGUUCUAGUUGGAUUGCUUUGGGUCAUGGUCUUUGUUCUUCGACUGUGCUACCUCGCGGUCCCAGCAAAACGCUGUCUUUAUUAUGUGCACGCUAAUAUCCUUGCACUUGUUCUCUUUUUGACGACGAACCUAUCAGAGCAAGUGUAUCCGUUGAUAUGGUUCGAAGCACAGCACUAUGAGAUUAUUUCUGUUCGAAAUUUCGUCCAGCUGGCAGCCGCUUUUGCAAGUGCCGUCGCUUUGCCUUUAUUGACACCCUUUCAUAAAACCCCUUCGGAGUAUGGAUCUCAUUCAGAAAAGCCCUGUUCACCUAUCCAGAGAUGGUGGUUAUAUACCUGGGUUAGUCCUGUCGUCAACAAAGGAUAUGAUAGUAAUGGGGUUAUGAGCCCAAACGACCUCCUACCUAACCGGAAAGGAUUCUCGGGAGAGACCUGGCUGCAGAGUUACUUGGAGUAUAAUCAAAUGCUCUCCUUUAGGGCAAUCUUAUGGCGACUCUUUCGAUACCGAUUGGCAGUGACAGCGUUCUGGGCGGUGCUGUGCGGCGCCUCCGAGCUCGUUGGAACUAUCGGACUCUAUCAGCUCUUACUCUCCCUCCAAAGAUCACCCGGCACGAAGUUGCAUCCGUGGUUUUCGGUCAUCUUGUUCGGGGGCUGUCCAAUACUGCGUGGUUUGUGCAUGCAAACCUUCGAAUACUAUGCCACACACACUAUAGGAGAUGCAAAGACUUGCAUUACCACCGCUGUAUAUCGAAAACUGAUGCUGCAGCAAGCAGAUGCCACUGUCGAUGUCGGGCAGCUGCAAAGCAACAUUUCAGCAGAUAUCGAUAGGCUAGGUACUUUGAGAUACACGAUAUUGACAGCAUUUAUGGCGCCCGUCGAAAUUAUUUUUUCCUCAACUAUCCUCUACAGGAUCGUGGGAUGGUAUUACAUACCCAGCCUUGUUUUUCUCCUUGUGACGAGAUAUCCGCUCAGCAAGUUCAUUGUAGUAGCUCAAACGAAAGCCCAAUCAGGGGUUUUGCAAGGUACAGAUGAGCGAAUUACGAAGACAAGUGAGAGCAUACGGGCGAUGACAGCUAUCAAAAUACUUGGACAUGCGCAGCCCUUUAUCCAAAGGAUUCUCGGGGCAAGAAAUCGGGAAUUGGAUGCGAUUUGGCGCAAGAUGCAAGUUAUUGUUGCUUCCGAAAGUGUCUCUUUAGCCCUUACUUUUCUUGCACUUCUCCUUUGUUUGUUAUUGUACACCAUCGUGGGUAAGAUGCCGUUGGAGCCGGGUGUUGUCUUUACGGUGGUUGUUGUCUUCAACAUCGUGAAUAGCAUGUUCAGUCUAAGCGUUCUUGGGGCAGGUCAAUAUGCUCAAGCCAACGUCAGUCUCAACCGCCUGAGCAAGUUCCUUGACCAGCCCGAAAAAGCAGCGUACCCCAGGGACGAGGCAACGAACACGGGUGAGACUGCUUCCCAGGAUACAUUAAUCACCAUUCAAAGUGGGUUUUGCAAAUCACACACCCAGGCGGACCUAGAAUUUGUUGCGCCCGGGUUGAAUGUUGUCACCGGCGACGUAGGUUCCGGCAAAUCUCUGUUACUUCAAUCGCUGCUAUUCGACCGACAAAGGCUCCAAAAGACACAAUUUGAGCCAAUCGCUUAUACGCCCCAGAACCCUUGGCUGUUCAGAGGGUCUGUCCGAGAUAAUAUCCUUUUCGGCACUCCAUUCAAUCAAGAACGAUACGAGAAUGUCCUCAGUUGCUGCGCGCUAGAGCUAGAUCUUGCAACCUUCAAAGACCACGACAUGAAAGAUGUAGGAGAGGGUGGCCGCAGACUCUCCGGAGGUCAGCGUCAACGAGUUACCCUUGCUCGUGCGGUAUACUCCAAGGCUGAUAUUGUACUAUUGGACGAUGUUCUGUCGGGAUUGGACCCGAAGACCUUCGAGUGGAUUGUCGACAAUUGCAUUUUGGGGCCGCAGAUGAAGGAUCGCAAAGUGGUUCUCGUCUCGAACAAUGACAAGUUACUGGCAAGAGCCGAUAUGAUCGUGUAUAUGAGAGACAGCACAGUUUGUCAAAUUACACGCCCGAUAAAGAUUGAAGGUGCAGUCGUCGAGAAUGAAAGCGCCGUUGGUUCGUCUCCGGUCUCUGUCGUUGACGUCUCGGAAAGCGACUGUCUUGAGGAGAACAAUGAGCCACAUGAGGACAAUAACGAGAAAAUAAACGACCUUGAUAGCCUCCGAGGGCGCAUUGGAUACAAAUACAUAAGCAAGUACAUCCGAUCAUUUGGAUGUCGCACCUUUAUCGCUACCAUGGCCAUCUUCACCAUCUCAGCCCAGGCUAUGGAUAUUGCUUUGCCUGCAUGGCUCUCCAUCUGGAGCCAGGCUUAUACUGAAGGCAAUAACUCUCACAUCGGCUUCUUUGUUGGCAUAUUCACAGGCCUCGGGAUUGCGCGUAUACUGCUGCUAGCCGUCUCACUCAUCCUUUUAUAUUCAGGUGCUUGGAGAGCAAGUCGCGACAAGCACAUGGAAAUGUUGGUUGUGGUGUUUGGCGCCACAUACGCUUGGGUUUGGCGUACACCGGCUGGACAGGUCAUUAACCGGUUUUCUUCCGAUAUGGCCAGCCUGGAUGACACACUAUUUAAGACCCUGCGACCAGUUCUCGAAACCUAUCUUUCCAUCGCGUUCCGCAUUCUGACCGUGUCUUCCUUGGUUCCACUCUUCCUGCUACCAUCUAUUGCGCUGACAGGUCUUGCGCUCUACAUUGGUUAUCGCUAUCGGUUUGCAUCAACAGCGGUGAAGCACAUGUACGCCGGCAGUCUGACACCUCUUCAUCACAGUAUCUCCGAAACUGCAUCUGGUCUGUUGACCGUGCACGCGUACAGGGCGGAGAAGAUUCUACAGGAUAGGUUCAACACCGCCGUCGACCAUCAUGUCCGCGCUUGGAACGGAGUUAGUGACCUCCAGCGAUGGUUAGCGGUGAGAAUGGACCUUUGCGUCGGACUCAUCUCUUUUUCUGUCGCGGUCCUAGCCGUUACGCAAAGACAUGCGAAUGCGUCAACGGUUGGCCUCAGCUUGACACUAACAACGGGGCUGUGUACAUCACUUCUUUAUCUUGUAUAUCUUUCAAGUCUCCUGGAGGUGGAGAUGACGAGCUACUACAGGAUUGAGAGCUAUAUCAAGGAUCUCCCACAGGAGCUUGGUCCGUGUGAUGGAUCUAACGUGGCCGAGCCCGAGGAAUGGCCAACGCAGGGGGUGGUCCACAUUCAGAAUCUGACAGCCGGUUAUUCAUGGGAUGAAAAUGAAGUGCUGAGGGACGUUAACUUUAGCGCGCUGGCUGGGGAACGGGUCGCUAUUGUAGGCCGCACGGGAAGCGGGAAGAGUUCACUCGCGUUGAGUCUACUCCGACUAGCCACAAAGCGCCGCGGAUCCAUCACCAUUGACGGUGUUGAGAUAGAGUCACUUGAGGUGGAGAAAUUGCGACAACGCAUAAGCCUCAUCCCACAAGACCCAACUCUGUUUGACGGGACCAUUCGUUUCAACCUAGACCCGAGCAGCCGACUGCCCGAUGGGCACUUACAGACUAUCCUGGAUGACGUGGCGGGCGCACCGAGCAAAUGGAGACUAGAUGACCUGGUCGAAGGAAACGGGGAGAACUUCUCCCACGGCGAACGACAGCUUAUCGCCCUUGCUCGGGCGAUCGUGAACCAAAGUCGGAUCGUCAUCCUAGACGAAGGGACAGCUAGUCUUGACAAAGACAGCGAAGCACGCAUUCAUUCGGUCCUGCGAGAACGAUUCCGCGACUGCACCGUCAUCGCCAUUACACAUCAGUUACACAACAUUGUCGACUUUGACCGGGUUCUUGUCUUGGACCGAGGCCGAGUAGCCGAGCAAGGAAAUCCACGAGAUCUAUUGAGUACAGCAGGGAGGGGGUGGUUCCAGUCGCUGUAUAUGCAGCAACAUGGUCCUCAUCCGCAUACUGACUGAUUAUGAUGACUGAUGUUAUAUUGCCGAGAACGGCGUACGGAGUAUUUGGAAUGAGGUUUUGGAAUUUUUUCUCUAAAGUUAAACCGAGAAGAAAAGAAAAGAAAAAAAAAUGUUUCUAUUUCGCCUGACAUGACCACUUCCAAUAAGCGAAGCCGGUUGAGA